AUGGACCCUGUUGAGGUGCAGUAUGUCUAUCUUAUAACUGUGGUACAGCUUAGCCACUUUUAACAGAAACCUGUGAAUUGUGUAGGCAAAUUUUUUUUAAAGAACAGUACAUUUAAGUCUACUCAGUCUGCUACUAAACUUAUUGUUGGAACUUAUGCUGAAACUUGAAAGUGUUGAAUCAGAAACCUUGUUGGUAAAAGUUUAGAUUCAUUCUUCUGUUGGUUUCUCCAACAUGCUGACAGAACAUAGCAGAGCAAUGUAAUCAAUUCUAAAAGGAGAAGUGAUGUGGUUUCCGGUUGCUUUUGAAACAUAGGACACAUCAAGUGCUUGACUUCUCUAAAGUUAAGCUUUGGCGUUUGAUGCCAUUGCUAGAUAAAGUUAUAGUCUCAGAUUGGGCCUCUCAAAGGGAGCUUCAGCUUCAGCCAUUGGACAUGUUCUCUCCAACAGUGUCAGUACAAGCCAUGCCCCAGGAAAACACUAUCUACUGAGGGAAUAUUUGUUACAUUUUCGAAUUUCAAUGUCUUUCUUUGUUUUGCAUGACACUGGAAUGUGCUGCUUGCUUGCUAUAAUGUUGUUACUCACUUCAAAUACUGUGUAUACAUCACACACACAUCUGAAAACCUAUGGCACAUGGGACAACUGAGAAGUCGUGUUGUAAUCAGACCAAGCAUCUGUCUGCUUGAGCAACGGAAGUAGCCUGGUCCCAGAUCUAUUUGUGCUGGUUUGCCAACUCUUUCAGUCAUUGUAGGAGUUGGCAAGACAGCAAAAACAGAUCUGGGACCAGGCUAACGGAACUGUGUUGCUGUGGUCAGAUGCACUGUUUAUUUCACGCUGACAGUCAGGGCCAUUCACGCUCUUACUCAUUUCCUCUGAAUUACGGUUUCAGCAAUUUUGAUUCAACUCUAUGACUGUUUUUGCUCGUUCAGGGUCUCGUCAUCAUGGAUGAGAUGGAGGACAAGACUUCUGUGCCUUCAGAUGAGAGUGAUGUUGAAGCUGACCUAAGACGAUCAUCCAAGAUCCAGCCAGAAAACAGAAGAACAUCUAGAUGGAAGAAUGGUGCGUAGUAACGUAGUUAUCAAAUUGUACAAUGGGUAAGAGUCUGACCAUGUAAAAUAUGCUCUUUGUCAAAUCAUUAUUCUUGUUUUUUUUCUCUUCCUUGUUCUAUUUUUUCCCUCUUUGUAAGUUUUUGGGAUAAACAAACCCUUUUCACAAUGAUCCACUUUAUUUAUUUACCCUCUAUACCUUUUUUAUUCUUUCUCUAUGUUUUGACUCUCACACUCACUCUCCUUUUUCAUCACUGUUAAAAUCUCUGUCAGAAUGUGUUAUUGUCGACCUUAACACUCUCCCCCCCAUCUCUCUCUCCCUCUCCCUCUCCCUUUUCUCUCUUCCAGGUCAGUGUGUGCUGGCAGUACCAACCUCCUCCAUGCUGAGCCCCAGGUUUGAUCUGUCGCUCUGCAGGGCUCUGCUGGAGAAGGACGGCUUCCAGGUCAGAGCACACACACACAUAAACACUCUCUCUCUCUCUCUCUCUCUCUCUCUCUCUCUCUCAUCCUCUCUCUGGGCGCCCACUAGCAAUCUUUAUUCUCAUCAAUUGCUGCGCCUCACUAUGUCAAGCAGCCUGUCCACUUGUGUGGGGAGAUUGAACUAGAUUAGCUCGUUAUCUCACUUCCUCUCUCAGACUGUCUUAUGUCUCACCAAAAUAUAGGCCUACUGUUAUUUUAUCAAUCUGAAAGGUUUUCAUGAAGAAAAACGUGCUAAAGCCACAAUCCUGAAUUUGUGUGUCAGCAAACGGCACCCCCAACACUUGAUUUGCUAGGCUGGAGAAAUGCAAGCAAAUUCAUCGAUAAAGCUUUGCAUGCAAUGACUUAGUCCAUGAGAUCAACAUGAUAGUUAAACAUAUUUUUAAGCUAUAGGCAAUAGUUUGUUUACAAAGACAUAAAUGACAACAAAACAUAAACCAUGGAGUGAGGCUGCGAUUCAAUCCUAUUGCCCCUUUUCGGCUAUGCACUUUUUAAAAGGCAAUGUUUCCGUGUUCACAGAGACAAACGCUGCAUGUCAGCUUUAUCGGAAAUUACCUUACAGAUCGGAAUGAAUCCCGGCCUAUCCUUAUAUUUUGGGUUAUGAUGGGAUAAGACCGGUGUACUAAGCUCAUGAGGCAUUUCUAAGUUAUAUUCUUCAAAAAUCAGUAUACAGUAUAUAAUUAAUUGAAAUGAAGAUUGAACCGCAGUUAAUAUUGAACAUUUUACCUCAAGUCAAAGUUGUUGGCCAAAAUAUCACAUCCAGUGUGUGGUUUGUUUGUUGUCAAAAAGCCCUGUACCAAAACUUGGCACAGAAAUUAUGAGAAGAACACAUCUGCAGAGUUGAUAUGACCACUGGGUUACGUGGCAAUACCCCCUUAUCUAGACUGGCUGUAGUGAUGCUUUUGGAGCAGAUAGGCUGCGUUGCCGAAUUCUCUUCCCGAUAGCUAAACAACCAACGCUUCUGCGGAUGUGCAGGAUUUGUUUGGCUGCCCAGAGAACAGGUUACUCUGGACAACUUCAAUGAUGAAUGGAGAAGGGAAGGUGUUCAGGGGGGUGGAACUGGGGCGGAACUAGGCGAUUACCUUCGGUCGCUCAGCAUCAGCCCUUUUGGAGCACAGCUUAUUCACACAGACCCUUAGUAAGGGACGUGAGAAAUAACUUUCUUCAACUUUUUUAUUUCCUUCUCGUUUCUUCUUUUAGAAUUGUUCUACUUUUUACCCCUCAGUUGGUAGUUACAGUCUUGUCCCAUCACUGUAACUCCUGUACGGACUUGGGAGAGGCAAAGGUCAAGAGCCAUGCGUCCUCCGAAACACGACCUGCCAAGACGCACUGCUUCUUGACACACUUCUCACUUAACCCGGAAGCCAGCCGCACCAAUGUGUCGGAGGAAACACCGUACAGCUGGCGACCGAUGUUAGCCUGCAUGCGCCCGGAUAGGAGGUAUGAGUCAUACAAAGAGCUAAACAACUGCUUUGACUUUUUAAACAAUAUGCCUUCACUUUCCUCACAAUGCCUUUUUCUUUAUUUUUACUAUUUUCUACAUUGUACAAUAAUAGUGAAGACAUCAACACUAUGAAAUAACACAUAUGGAAUCAUGUAGUAACCAAAAAAGGGUUAAACAAAUCAAAAUAUAUUUCAUAUUCGAGAUUCUUCAAAGUAGCCACCCUUUGCCUUCAUGACAGCUUUGCACACACUUGGCAUUCUCUCAACCAGCUUCACCUGGAAUGCUUCACCUGGAAUGCAUCACUCUCCUUCUUGGUCAAAUAGGCCUUACACAGCCUGGAGGUGUGUUGGAUCAUUGUCCUGCUGAAAAACAAAUGAUAGUCCCACUAAGCGCAAACCAGAUGGGAUGGCAUAUCGCUGCAGAAUGCUGUGGUAGCCAUGCUGGUUAAGUGUGCCUUGAAUUCUAAAUAAAUCACAGACAGUGUCACCAGCAAAGCACCCCCACACCAUCACACCUCCUCCUUCAUGCUUCACGGUGGGAACCACACAUGCGGAGAUCAUCCAUUCAUAUCACAGUCUUACUAAGACAUGGCGGUUGGAACCAAAAAUCUCAAAUUUGGACUCAUCAGACCAAAGGACAGAUUUCCACCGGUCUAAUGUCCAUUGCUCGUGUUUCUUGGCCCAAGCAGGUCUCUUCUUCUUAUUGGUGUCCUUUAGUAGUGGUUUCUUUGCAGUAUAAUAAUAAUAAUAAUAAUAUGCCAUUUAGCAGACGCUUUUAUCCAAAGCGACUUACAGUCAUGCGUGCAUACAUUUUUGUGUAUGGGUGGUCCCGGGGAUUGAACCCACUACCUUGGCGUUACAAGUGCCGUGCUCUACCAGCUGAGCUACAGAGGACCACAGUAAUUUGACCAUGAAGGCCUGAUUCAUGCAGUCCCCUCUGAACAGUUGAUGUUGAGAUGUGUCUGUUACUUGAACUCUGUGAAGCAUUUAUUUGAGCUGUAAUUUCGGAGGCUGGUAACUCUAAUGAACUUGUCCUCUGCAGCAGAGGUAACUCUGGGUCUUCCUUUCCUGUGGUUGUACUCAUGAGAACCAGUUUCAUCAUAGCGCUUGAUGGUUUUUGCGAUUGCACUUGAAGAAACUUUCAAAGUUCUUGAAAUUUUCCGUAUUGACUGACCUUCAUGUCUUAAAGUAAUGAUGGACUGUCGUUUUUCUUUGCUUAUUUGAGCUGUUCUUGCCAUAAUAUGGACUUGGUCUUUUACCAAAUAGGGCUAUCUUCUGUAUACCACCCCUACCUUGUCAAAACACAACUAAUUGGCUCAAAUGCAUUAAGAAGGAAAGAAAUUCCACAAACUAACUUUUAACAAGGCACACAUGUUAAUUGAAAUACAUUCCAUGAAGCUGGUUGAGAGAAUGCCAAGAGUGUGCAAAGUGGUCAUCAUGCUUUUCCAGAUGAAAUGGUCCAGUUUAAAGAAUUUAUUGAAAGUGAGAAAAACACAUAUGCCAGGGCAUUACUUCACAUGUUGAGACAGAGAAAUAUACAAGCAGUUUCCCAAUGUUGACAUUGCCUUGCAAAUAUUCUUGACUUUACCUCUUACCAAAGCUGUCUCUUGUCAUUAACAGACUGAGUCAAUUCAGGUUAGAAUCACAUUUGGUAGCGAUUACAGGUGUGAGUCUUUCUGGGUAAGUCUAUAAGAGCUUUCCACACCUGGAUUGUGCAAUUAUUCUUUUCAAAAUUCUUCAAGCUCUGUCAAAUUGGUUGUUGAUCAUUGCUAGACAACCAUUUUCAGAUCUUGCCAUAGAUUUUCAAACAGAUUUAAGUCAAAACUGUAACUCGGCCACUCAGGAACAUUCACUGUCUUCUUGGUAAGCAACUAGAUUUGGCCUAGUGUUUUAGGGUAUUGUCCUGCUGAAAGGUGAAAUAAUCUCCCAGUGUGUGGUGGAAAGCAGACUGAACCAUGUUUUCCUCCAGGGGUUUGUGUGUGCUUAGCUCCAUUCCGUUUCCUUUUUUUAUCCUGAAAAACUCCCCAGUCCUUAACGAUUACAAGCAAACCCAUAACAUGAUGCAGCCACCACUAUGCUUGAAAAUAUGGAGAGUGGUACUCAGUCAUGUGUACCAAUGUGGAUUUGCCCCAAACAUAACACUUUGUAUUCAGGACAAAAAGUUAAUUGCUUUGCCACAUUUUUUGCAGUAUAACUUAAGUGCCUUGUUGCAAACAGGAUGCAUGUUUUGAAAAAAUAUAUAUUCUGUACAGGCUUCCUUAUUUUCACUCUGUCAAUUAGGCCUAGGUUAGUAUUGUGGAGUAACUACAAUCCUCAGGUUUCUCCUAUCACAGCCAUUAAACUCUGUAACUAUUUUAAAGUCACCACUGGCCUCAUGGUGAAAUCCCUGAGCGGAUUCCUUCCUCUCCGGCAACUGAGUUAGGAAGGUCGCUGUAUAUUUGUAGUGACCAAAGUGUAAUUAAUAACUUCACCAUGCACAAAGGGAUAUACAAUGUCUGCUUUUUUAAUUUAUUUUUUAUCUUCCAAUAGGUGCCCUUCUUUGUGAGGCAUUGGAGAACCUCCCUGGUCCUUGAGUGUGCAUUUCCUUCAAUAAUUUCCCUGUAUUUAGCGCCAUCCAUCAUUCCUUCAAUUCUGACCAGUUUCCCAGUACCUGCCGAUGAAAAACAUCCCCACAGCAUGAUGCUGCCACCACCAUGCUCGACUGUGGGGAUGGUGUUCUUGGGGUGAUGAGAGGUGUUGGGUUUGCGCCAGACAUAGCGUUUUCCUUGAUGGCCAAAAAGCUCAAUUUGAGUCUCAUCUGACCAGAGUACCUUCUUCCAUUUGUUUGGGGAGUCUCCCACAUGCCUUUUGGCGAACACCAAACGUGUUUGCUUAUUUUUUUCUUUAAGCGAUGGCUUUUUUUCUGGCCACUCUUCCGUAAAGCCCAGCUCUGUGGAGUGUAUGACUUAAAGUGGUGCUAUGGACAGAUACUCCAAUCUCUGCUGUGGAGCUUUGGUCUCUUUGUUGCCUCUCUGAUUAAUGCCCUCCUUGCCUGGUCCGUGAGUUUUGGUGGGCGGCCCUCUCUUGGCAGGUUUGUUGUGGUGCCAUAUUCUUUCCGUUUUUUAAUAAUGGAUUUAAUGGUGCUCCGUGGGAUGUUCAAAGUUCCAGAUAUUAUUUUAUAACCCAACCCUGAUCUGUAAUUCUCCACAACUUUGUCCCUGACCUGUUUGGAGAGCUCCUUGGUCUUCAUGGUGCCGCUUGCUUGGUGGUGCCCCUUGCUUAGUGGUGUUGCAGACUCUGGGCCCUUUCAGAACAGGUGUAUAUAUACUGAGAUCAUGUGACAGAUCCUCCCGACUGGCACAGUGGUCUAAGGCACUGCAUCGCAGUGCUAGCUGUGCCACUAGAGAUCCUGGUUCGAAUCCAGGCUCUGUCGUAGCCGGCCGUGACCGGGAGACCCAUGGGGCGGCGCACAAUUGGCCCAGCGUCGUCUAGGGUAGGGGAGGGAAUGGCCGGCAGGGAUGUAGCUCAGUUGGUAAAGCAUGGCGUUUGCAACGCCAGGGUUGUGGGUUCGAUUCCCACGGGGGUAUGAAAAAUAGUAUGAAAAAUAAAAAAUUAAAAUAAUCUAUGCACUCACUAACUGUAAGUCGCUCUGGAUAAGAGCGUCUGCAAAAUGACUAAAAUGUAAAUGCAAUUAUCACAAUUGUUCUUGUUAUAUUAUGGAUUUUUUCCCCCCAGUAAAUUUACCCACGCACCGCUACUGAAGUUAACGAAUUGCAUCUUUGUGGGCCGAUUUGUUUACAGAACAUUAGGGUGUGCCAGGAGGAGAAAAUCAAAAAUCAAAAAAUCCCUGGGGCCUAAAAUGUCUUAAUCCGGCCCUGGGGAGGGGAGGUGGAUGUGGACUGACAGGUCCAAGGUGGACUUUACCGACUGGUUUGACCGUGAUGGUGGAGAGGCUCAAAACUGUGUAAAUACAAACUAUCAAAUGCUGUGGAUUGAUAAUGACUGCAGCAAGGGUUACACCUUUGUCUGCGCCGAGCGUCUCUGCGCCGAGCGUCUCUGCUAGUCAGUCGUCCGUCAAGAUGGAGGGGCUGUCCCUGGCUGUCCUGAGUCUUCUAUCCUGAGAAGAAACCUAUUAACUAAACACCUUAUAUUAUAUAUUUUUUUAUAAUUUGCUUAUGAAUUGUAAAUAGAACUACAAAGGUUUGUGUGCUUGCAUCAGCUGUCUUUUUAUUUGGUCAAGAAGCUCUGUGGCACACAAAACCUGGCACAUAAAUUAUGAUAAAACACAGGGUUACAUGGCAAUACCUACUUUUGUGGAAUGGCUGUAGUGCUGCCUUUGGAGCACAGCUUAUUCACACAGACACAGUGAGUGAAGUUAAUUAUUUUGUUGUUAAACGUCACACACACACACACACACUUUUACAACCUUUUGACCAACCACAACCUUGACACAUAUUGCAGAUCAAAGCAUUUGUCUUUUUCCCGCUGAUCUUUUUCCCUUAUCUUGUUUAUUAUGUGGAAUGCAUUUUGGUAAAGUAUGAAGGCCAUUGCAUGGAAAAUUACAUUUAGAAUACAUUAUUACCAUGUGUUCACUGUUUGGUUCUUUUGGUUUCUCCACUGUAGAUUCCUGUAGCAGACUUUGAGACACCUCUGGAUAUAGCACUGGACAUGCCCUCGGUCAGGAGAUACCUGUUCUUUAACUCUUCUCUCUUCCACUUCAUCAUGGCACCGGUAGGGUCCCUCAAAGUAUUGAUUAAUAACUCAAGGGUCAUGUUGUUUGUUAUUUUUUACAUCCAUUACGUUAUUCACAAUAUAGUGUCCAGUAUCUGUGUAUCUCAUACACUAUCUGGGGAUCUUAUACUAAUGUGUCCUGUAUUUGUUCAGAGUUAGUGCUAGUUCUUCUAUGUUUAGUUUAUACUGUGUAUCAUUUUAUCUCCCUUCCAGAUUCUAUAUGUGGUGAUAUGGUGUGCUGUGUUCUCCACUCUUCAUCUCUAUCUCUCGGUCACUAACUACUGGGUCCUCUGCCUGUCUGUCAGUCUGGUCUCCAUCUUACUCACCACAGCCAUCAUCGUCAUCCUCCACUAUAGUAACAAGGAGGUGGGUGUUCAAUCUGUUUAUCAGUCUGAGAGCACGUAACCUUUUACUGCAUUGGGCUAAAGUAGGGUCAUUCAGAGGGUUUCUUGGUAGUCUUACACAAACCUACUUUGAAGCAAAAGUAUAAACCUCACACACAUGGUUAUGGGCUUAAAAAAAGAAAACACCCAUACCUUGUCAGAGAUAGAGUUGAAAUGUAGUCAAUUUUGAGUUUGCAUCGCAAUAUUAAACUUUACAGUGCAUUCGGAAAGUAUUCAGACCCCUCACUUUUUCCACAUUUUGUUACGUUAAAGCCUUAUUCUAAAGUGGAUUAAAUAAAAAAUGUUCCCCAUAAUGAGAAAGCGAAAACAGGUUUUUAGAAAUGUUUGCAAAUCUAUAUAAAAAAAAAUAAAAAAAUACCUUAUUUACAUAAGUAUUCAGACCCUUUGCUAUGAGACUCGAAAUUGAGCUCAGGUGCAUCUUGUUUCCAUUGAUCAUCCUUGAGUUGUUUCUACAACUUGAUUGGAGUCCACCUGUGGUAAAUUCAAUUGAUUGGACAUGAUUUGGAAAGGCACACACCUGUCUAUAUAAGGUCCCACAGUUGACAGUGCAUGUCAGAGCAAAAACCAUGAGGACAAAGCCAUAUCUCAGACUGCCCAUCUUAAUCUUUUCUUUUUAUUGGCCAGUCUGAGAUAUGGCUUUUUCUUAGCAACUCUGCCUAGAAGGUCAGCAUCCCGGAGUCGCCUCUUCACUGUUGACAUUGAGACUGGUGUUUUGCAGGUACUAUUUAAUGAAGCUGCCAGUUGAGGACCUGUGAGGCGUCUGUUUCUCAAACUAGACACUCUAAUGUAUUUGUCCUCUUGCUCAGUUGUGCACUGGGGCCUCCCACUCCUCUUUCUAUUCUGGUUAGAGCCAGUUCGCGCUGUUCUGUGAAGGGAGUAGUACACAGCGUUGUACGAGAUCUUCAGUUUCUUGGCAAUUUCUCGCAUGGAAUAGCCUUCAUUUCUCAGAACAAGAAUAGACUGACGAGUUUCAGAAGAAAGUUAUUUGUUUUUGGCCAUUUUGAGCCUGUAAUCAAACCCACAAUUGCUGGUGUUCCAGAUACUCAACUAGUCUCAAGAAGGCCAGUUUUAUUGCUUCUUUAAUCAGCACAACAGUUUUCAGCUGUGCUAACAUAAUUGCAAAAGGGUUUUCUAAUGAUCAAUUAGCCUUAUAAAAUGAUAAACUUGGAUUAGCAAACACAAUGUGCCAUUGGAACACAGGACUGAUGGUUGCUAAUAAUGGGCCUCUGUACGCCUAUGUAGAUAUUCCAUAAAAAAUCUGCCGUUUCCAGCUACAAUAGCCAUUUACAACAUUAACAAUGUCUACACUGUAUUUCUGAUCAAUUUGAUGUUAUUUUAAUGGACAAAAAAAUUGCUUUUCUUUUGAAAACAAGGACAUUUCUAAGUGACCCCAAACUUUUGAACGGUAGUGUAUACAGUACCAGUCAAAGGUUUGGACACACCUACUCAUUCAAGGGUUAUUCUUUAUUUUUACUAUUUCUUACAUUGUAGAAUAAUAGUGAAGACAUCAAAACUAUGAAAUAACGCAUAUGGAAUCAUGUAGUAACCAAAAAAGUCUUAAACAAAUAAAAAUAUAUUUUAUAUUUGAGAUACUUCAAAUAGCCACCCUUUGCCUUGAUGACAGCUUUGCACACUCUUGGCAUUCUCUCAACCAGCUUCACCUGGAAUGCUUUUCCAACAGUCUUGAAGGAGUUCCCACAUAUGCUGAGCACUUGUUGGCUGCUUUUCCUUCACUCUGCCGUCCGACUCAUCCCAAACCAUCUCAAUUGGGUUGAGGUCGGGGGAUUGUGGAGGCCAGGUCAUCUGAUGCAGCACUCCAUCACUGUCCUUCUUGGUAAAAUAGCCCUUACACCGCCUGGAGGUGUGUUGGGUCAUUGUCCUGUUGAAAAACAAAUGAUAGUCCCACUAAUCCCAAACCAGAUGGGAUGGCGUAUCACUGCAGAAUGCUGUGGUAGCCAUGCUCGUUAAGUGUGCCUUGAAUUCUAAAUUAAUCACAGACAGUGUCACCAGCAAAGCACCCCCACACCAUAACACCUCCUCCACCAUGCUUUAUGGUGGGAACUACGCAUGCAGACAUCAUCCGUUCACCCACACCUCGUCUCACAAAGACACGGCUGUUGGAACCAAAAAUCUCAAAUUUGGACUCUAGACCAAAGGACAAAUUUCCACCGGUCUAAUGUAUAAUAUGGAUUUUUCUAUUCCAGUUUAAAGUUGGUAAUUUUGUUUGUGUAUUGGAAAAAUAGUUCUCAGAGUUGGUUAUCAGUUUUGGUGUGGUUUUGACAUGUAGGUGUCCGGGAGACUGGGGAACCAGCUUCCCCCUGAAGCUAGGACAGCAGAGUUCCUGCCCAUCUUCUGAAAACAUCUACCUAAACAAGCCCUACCUCUUCGAAGAGUAUCUAAAAUAAUCCCACAGCACCCCCUCUUGCUCCACAUCCUCACCCCACCCACCCCAAAAAUCUAAAUGAACAACAUAAAUAAAUAAAAGCCUUUUGUGAAUUAACACUCACACUUGACUUCAUUUCCCCCUCUUACUAGCUGUACUUACUAUGACUGUGAUCUGUGGUUGUCCCACCUAGCUAUCUUAAGAUGAAUGCACUAACUGUAAGUCGCUCUGGAUAAAUGACGAAAAUGUAAAUGAGCAGUGAGCAGCUGGUCAGCUGGUCAUUUAUGGCCCUGCUGACAGCUGGGGAUUUAUGACCUUGUGUUGGAGGGGAGCAAGGCUGAUAAAGAUCUCAACUGGUGAUUUGGCUGGCUAAGGGCCUGUUUGACAUAGAAACACCUGAUUUUCAGCAGUUUAAAAAAAUGUUUAAAUGUUUAAACAUUAAUUAUGAAAAAUAUGAAUGAAAUCCCACCCAUGGGGCCACUAGAGGGCGCUUUUGGGCAUUUGACUACAGGAAAAGGUAGAGUCUUAAUGGGUAGCCCACAUAUAAAUGCCUUCUAAUCUUUAAUCGCAGUGCUAAAAUUAGUGAGCUGUGGUAGCAACAUAAAUUAUGCAUAGAUAUUAAUAGGAAUACAUCUGUGCUUAAUAGACUACAUAGAUAUGCCACACAAGAGGAUUGAAGUGAAAUAUUCAGACACCUUGAAACCAAUGUGGUUCGUUAUUGAACACCAUGAAUUCUAUAGAGAUAUUGGACUAUAGUCUGCAACCAGUUUUAAGACCAAAAAACGUUAAUGUAGAUGUACCUGUAACAUUUAAUGGUCUUCCAACAGAUAAACAUCAACAUCGACGUGCGACUCAUCCAGGUGAAUGAGAGGCUGAGCCAACAUAUGCUGCUAGUGGGCGUGGCUGACUGGGUGCAGAACUGCACUGGAACUCUACAGGUAGGCUACUGUAACCUGCACAUAUAGGCAGCUCAAUCUGAGAGGGCAGACAUUUUGUGUCAAACCUUUUUAUCACACUCAAUUUCUUGUAAUUGAGGUUACUUCUAAAUACCUUUACUGUUUUUUGUGAUAUUAAUCUAAGCAGAUCCUUCGACCGAUCAAUACGGCAAGACACUUUGAAGUUAUAUAUCAAUGUAUUAAUUCUGUAGUUUAAUUGAAAUAGGACUUUCCAGGUGAACAAAAGAGAAGAGCAGUCAGAGAUAAAGUCAAUCAACAAUCUAUCUGGUUUAUUACAAGUUGCAACAGGGAGACACCACCCAGCACAGAGAACUGGCCUCUUUGAGACAGGCCCUUUUAUAUCCUAAUCAGACAGUAACAAAUGUUCUGGCUCGUAUAAAGUCAAAACAAAAAGACAGUGACUUUAUUAGCUGCUGGAGAAUCACAGUGUCCACAGAAUGUCAUCAAUACAACAUUGAAUAAUCAGUGUGUCUUCGGUCCUUACCUCCAGUCUGGCAUCAAUCACUAUCAACAGAUACCUGUAUGAGAUUAAUCCAUAACAAGUCUACCCGUUGGGCACAGACGUCUAUUCAACGUCUAUUCCACAUUGGUUCAACGUAAUUUCAUUGAAAUGACAUGGAAACAACAUUGAUUCAACCAGUGUGUGCCCAGGGGAUAGUGACCAUAGACCCACACCUUGAGUGUCAAUAAUGGUAUAUUGGAAAUUAUGUGUAUUACAGAAACUCCAUAUGCUAAACAUUGUGUUGAUCACUCUAGACCAAAUGUGAACUUUAGUCAUCUACAAUGUCCAUAUUACAUUCAUCCAUCUGUCUUUCUGUUUGUUUGUCUCUGACCAUCUGUCUGUCUUUCUGUCUGCCUGCCUGCCUGUGUCUCGUCUCGUUCUCUCUCAGCUGUUCAUUGUGUACUGGGAUACGGCCCACUGCUUGAGGGCACUGACUGAAACUCUAGAGGAGAUGAGCUUUGUCGGAGACGAGGCCCAGGUACGUACAUCAUGAUGUCACCAUGUUCGCUCUGCGACUCUAUUGAUUUGUGUUUGUGUUCUCUUUGGCAAGGCUUUCAGUAGUGACAUGCUGUUUAGGGAAGGCAAUGGGAUAUAAUAUGCAUAGAUCGAUACUGACAAAUCUCUGUGUACUGUUAUAAGGAAUUGUCUGAGGCAAAUUGAAAUGAAACUGGACAUUGACAAUAGGAGACAUUUGAGCAUUAUAUAUUGUGUGUUAGGCCUAUCGGAGGGUUUUAUUUGGUGUAUAUAGCCUUUCAAUUGCCUAGUAAGGCAAUCUUGUGACGUAUAAUGAUGACCACCAUUCAGUGUUUCUGUGUAGCACUAGCAGACAAUGCACUCUAAUGGGUUCCCCUUACUUUUCACUCACUCCCUAGAAGAGACUCAAGAAGAGAAUGUCCCACCUUGUCCUGGUGACAGAGGUCAUGACCCUUGACCCUGUGGCGGUGGGGUCAAGUGUUCAUGAAGGUUCUGAUGAGGAAAGGCCCCUCUUGGUGAACGAUGAGGAGACUGAACGCAGUACCUCAACCAGCCAGAGGGAGGACACCAAACUCACCACUAACUACAUUUUGGUACCGGACCAAAUACUACCAGCUCAGGUAAGUUAGACUGCUUUCAAUAAUACUUGUAAUCUUAUGUUAAGAUGUAGACUGCUCGCUAAAGGUAUUCCAGAUUAGUGGAGGCUGGUGGAGGGAGAAAUCUGGGAGCCACCUAUAGACUGUAGCAUGUGUUCAAUACAGUAUUACGAAGUCUCUUUUGUUGUUCAUGUUAUACUAACAUAUCCCUUUUUGCAGGCCAAAGCACUCCAACUUCUACUGACCUACGGUGCGGUUUAUGUCAAGCUGUUGGUGUCGGAAAAGCUGCCAAACUCCACACACCGCCCCCUACACCCCAGGAUGAAUCACUGCACCACCGCCUCCCUUUGUCUCUGUCAGUAUAUAAAAACCAAGGUCCUACAAUUAUAAGACGGGGACACAGAAAAGCUGAUGCAUUCUACUUAUAAUAAUAUGUUACUGUAGGACAAUAGAAUAUUUGCACUGACAAUGUAAAAGUCACGAUUUAAUACCCACUUUUGUGUACAUUUUGCAUUAAAUUAUACAAAC